CGACGAGGUUGAUAAGAACAAAGAUAUGGAUUUUCUCAAGGGUCUUGCUGAUGCGGAUGGCGACGGAAGUGUCGGGUUCGAUGACAUGAUGCAUCACGCCGAGGCCGGGGCGGACGAGGUGGAGGAGCGGAUUCGGGCGGCUGUGGCCAAGGUCAGGGCCGAGCUGGAGAGCAAGAUGUCGGGCCUGCGCGACAUGGCGGAGCGGGCCAAGGCAAAGAUGGCCGAGGCUGUGGCCAAGAAAAAUGAGCUGAUGGCGCGGCUGGCCGAGUUUGCCAACGUCGGCGACAUGCUCAAGCGGAUUUGGUCGUCGAUCACCUCGCUCAAGGACCGGUUCACCUCGUUUGUCUCGACCGCCCUCCAGCGGGCGGUCGCCUUUAUCCAGGGCGGCUUCAAGGCUGUCCUAGCCAAGUGCAUCGAGUUUGUGCGGUACUUGGUCUGCACCAAGAUCAAGGCCUUUCUCCCGCGCUCCAUCCGCCGCGGCUUUGAGAACAUCACCCACCAGCACUGGCCAGCUGUCAAGCGCGAGGCCAUGUGCAUCGCGCUCACAGGCAAGUCGCCCGAAAACGGUGGCGAGGGCGAUCUGGCCGCAAUCCAGGUUGACGACGAGCUCGGUGGCGAGGCGGGCGCCAAUCCCGAGCGCGACGAUGACAACGCCGAGCCGCCGAAUGGUGGUGGCGGCGGUUGCUUUGGCAUGUUUGGCGGCGGAGGACCGGGCAUCACCGACGACGACGCCCAUGAAGAAGGUCUCAAGGUCUUUGAUCGCAUAUCCAAGGCAACCUCUGGUGUGGCCGGCCUUAUUGAUACUCUCAAGGAACUCCCCAUUGUCGACGAUGUCGUCGACACGUUCAGAUCAACCGUCGGCCACCUCAUUCCAGGUCUUGACGGCAGCUCGUCGUCAUCAAGAGACUCGGACGUGUAGCUGGCGCUGGCCAGCCUUGGCGUGAGAAAAGCGGCUGCUGACGCGCAAAGCCAUCGCCCGCAGCCGAUGCGCACAUCGCUCGAUCUACCAUCGCCACCACUGCUCCACGCCGCCGCCUGUGGCGGCACGUGUGAUGUGAUGGCUUGCGGCCAGGCUCGGUCCCUGACGGCGCCCCUGACUCGCCUGCGCAACAGCCG